UCAUGCUUAUCUGUCCGUACAUCUAAAUAGCAUUUACACGUUAGUACUUUUAGUGUAAGUGUUGACAUUACUCCAACUUUCCUAUAAAGUACAGCUGAAAUACAGAACAAUCACCAAACCCUUGGUUCCACUGACAAUGGCGCGGAACCUUCAGAUUGCCGUGUUGAUCCUCGUCGUCGUCGUCCUCCUCGCUCCAGCAGAAGGCGCUUUCGGCCAUACUACUUCAUGCAGCUCCAGCUGUAACUGCAGCGCCCUCUGCGGUAAGAUGGUCGUGAAGAAUUUUGGGACGAUCUACCGGUGUACCUCCUGCUCGGGCUGCGUGUCGGCGUGUGCCUCUCGCUGUGCCAGUAAAGUGGCCCGCUGGUCCAGAUACUACUGUGGAGGCAGCUCGCGAGGGGAAAGCAUCAAACCCUACUACAGAGUGUAUUCAUACUACAAAGGCUAUUACUCCAGGUCCUAUGUCUGUGGAUACUACAGAUAUCACGGCUAGGUGACACACUGAUUCCUGAGUCCGGCCAGCCCUAAUGUCUUCCUGAAUUCAGAAAUAAACCUGCAAAUGAUCA